AUGAAAUUUCUUGCCGGUCUCAUCCACGUCGCCGUCGCAUCCCAAGUCGCGUUUGACAACCUCAAGCUCAGCGACGCGAACGGUGGACUCCUCGUCACGCAAAAUGACGGCGUUGCCACGCGAUUCCGCAACGUUCGUAUCGGGGCCGACCCAGAGGGGCUCACCGUCGAACAUGUCAUCUUUACGAUGGACACGUCCUACGCGGCCCCUGGCACGGUGCUGCAAGUUGGCAUCUGCUCUUCUGUCAACGAUGAGCCGAACUGCGGUAAAUCCGACCUUCGUGGCCGCGUCCCCAUUACCGUGUCCCAAAAGAAAGCCGAGCUGAAAUGGUCCCCUGCGUCACCAAUUGUCCUGAAUUACUCGCACCAUUACUGGGUUGUCGUCUUCACGGAUAAGGACCAGCCAACAAUUUGGUUGAGCGGUGGCAAGGAGUAUAGCAACUCCAACGACCCAAGGAGAGACGUCUUGAAUGCCGUAAACCGAAACUCCGUCUGGAGAGUCGACCGUUCGGGUCCAUCCCGCCUCGUGAGCUCGAUGAAAGUAGUCGGCAAAUAA